AUGUUUUCAUCGAUUUUGAGACUUGGGAUUAUCCUCCCAGCCUUCAUCACGGCUGUUCUUGCAUCCCCCGUUCAACUAAAUCGCCGUGCCAUUUCCUCUAAGUUGUUGGACGACUUCAGCCUCCACGCCCAGUUUGCUUUUCUAGCUGCCUGUGAUCAAAAUAUCAACGGAACUAGAGGGGAGCUCAGCUGUGAUCAAGGCCCGUGUGAUCUUGUACAAGCACAUGAUACCGAGAUCAUUGACAAUUACCAUCGUACCGACAAUGCAACUGGCUAUAUUGCAUUGGAUCACACCAGAAAAUCGAUUAUUGUGACUUUCCGUGGGACUAUCACCGAAGCAGAUAGUAAAGCCGACUUUGAUAUCGUUGGGAAGACCCACGUGCCGGAAUUCUGCGAACAUUGUUACGCCCACAAUGGGUUCUGGAAGUAUUGGAAGAGUGCAGAAGAGCAGGUCGUUAGCCGACUUAAGCAAGCCACCAAGGAAUAUCCAGAAUAUAGCAUCGCUGUAGCUGGACAUAGCCUUGGUGGUGCGGUUGCGACUCUUGCAGGAACCGCACUUCGUCAGAAAGGAUUUACUUUGGACAUCUGGACGUUCGGAAGCCCCCAAGUAGGGAACCCAGAGCUCGCCCAGUUCAUCACAGAGCAAAGGACGCCAGUCAGUGUGUACCGUGCUACCAAUUAUAGAGACGGAGUACCAGCAGCCCCCGGGAGACAUCUUUGGUUCCGUCAGUCUUCUCCCGAGUACUGGAUCAACCAGACGAGUGGCCACAAAGUGACUACCGAUGUUGUGGAAUUCAUUGAGGGAAUAGACAACAUGUCGGGGAACCAAGGUCACCACGAUAUCGGAAUUAAUGCUGACCACGGGUGGUACUUUGGAAAUACGAGCAUCUGCGCGGUGCCGGCUGAUCAGGGGAAGUGA